CUUUCGGAUUAUGACUGAUAUAAAUGAUAUCAAAUGCUCUGUAUGUACUAUGUUGUGUUCUGCAAAUACUCUGUUUUAUUCUGUUUUCUUCCACACAACCUCCAAUGUCUCCUCCACCAUGUUGAAGGCCACCAUCCUUUUCACUUCCCUUCCUUUCCGCACCCUCUCCACUCGGUUCUUCUCUCGUACACGCAAACCCUUCCCCAACCCUUCCACUUUCGACGACGCCGUUUCAUUAUUCCACCGCAUGCUCCAUCUCCAUCCCACACCCCGAAUCGUCUCUUUCAACAGGAUUCUCUCAUCGGUCAUGAAGACCAAACGUUACUCCACCGUCGUUUUACUCUGUUCCCAGUUAGACUCAAAGGGCAUCCCCAAACCCUCCCUCGUCACUCUCAGCAUCUUCAUAAACUCCCUUUCACACUUGGGCCAAAUGGGCCUCGCGUUCUCUGUCGUGGGGAAAAUCAUCAAAAGGGGUUUUGAGGUCGACCCAUUAACGCUCACUACCCUUAUGAAGGGGUUGUGCCUCAAAGGUAGAACCUUUGAGGCACUGGACUUGCAUGACCAUGCUGUGUCCAAAGGGUUCUCCUUUGAUGAAGUUUGUUAUGGCACUUUGAUCAAUGGGUUGUGCAAAGUGGGCAAAACAAAGGGUGCCAUUGAGUUGUUGAGGAAAAUGGAGAGGGUUGGAAUUAAGCCUAAUUUGAUAAUGUAUAAUAUGGUCGUUGAUGGUCUGUGCAAAGAGGGACUUGUUACUGAAGCUUGUGGGUUGUGUUCUGAGAUGGUUGGCAAAGGAAUUUGUCUUGAUAUUUUCACUUACAAUUCUCUUAUUCAUGGUAUGUGUGGGGCUGGUCGGUUUCAGGGAGCGGCAAGGUUGUUGAAUGAGAUGGUAAUGCAAGAGAACAGAGACAUUUGGCCGGAUGUUUAUACCUUUAAUAUAUUGGUUGAUGGCUUGUGUAAGUUGGGGAUGGUCGUGGAGGCGAGGAAUGUGUUUGGUGUGAUGAUUAAGAGAGGGUUGGAACCUGAUGUUGUUAGUUACAAUGCUUUGAUGAAUGGCUUUUGUUUGAAGGGUUGUGUUAAUAAGGCCAAAGAGGUGUUUGAUAGAAUGGUUGAAAGAGGUACAUCACCGAAUGUUGUUAGCUAUUGUACCUUGAUUAAUGGGUAUUGUAAGGUUAAGAUGGUCGAUGAGGCCAUGAGGCUGUUAAUAGAGAUGCAUAAGAGGAAUUUGGUUCCAGAUACAGCGACAUAUAAUUGCCUUUUUGAUGGUUUGUCGAAAUCUGGGAGAGUCUUGUUUGAUUGGGAUCCGGUAGAAGUGAUGCGUGUGAGUGGUCAAGCACCGGAUUUGAUCACUUACAAUGUGUUGUUAGAUGAUUAUCUCAAACGCCACUGUAUUGAUAAGGCGAAGGCGCUUCAGCACAUUUUUGACAUGGGAAUUUCUCCAAAUAUUCGUACGUAUAACAUACUUAUAGAUGGUCUUUGCAAACGUGGCAGAUUAGACGCAGCUAAAGAGAUUUUUCAACUUUCUUCUGUCAAAGGCUGUGGUCCUAAUAUCCGGACUUAUAAUAUUAUGAUCAAUGGGCUCUGUAGAGAGGGAUUGUUUGAUGAAGCAGAGGCCUUACUUUUGGAAAUGAUAGAUAAUGGUUGCCCUCCUAAUGCUGUAACUUUUGAUCCCUUAGUUCGUGCUCUACUAGCAAAAUAAUAGGAAUUGUUAGGACCAUCAAGAUUUUUUAUGAUACAAACAGCUGCUGGGAGCUUUGUCUCUAGAAAAAGGAUAUGACAAGGUGACAUUGUUUUUAUAUGGGGCCUUACCUGCUACAAGAUUACUCGGGAUUCUGUAACGAGAAUGGAUGUAAAUUUGCAUGAUCUGUUUAUAUAUGAAGCAUUUUUGUAUUAAUAUCUUCUCCUUCUUGUGACUGUGAUGGUUUGGCUUUGGGGUGUAGAUAUGUGGGUAUUUCUACGAUCCACUGUCAGCUAUGCCAAGGUCUUUGAUCUUGAUCAAAACCACCUUACAUACAAAGAGAUACGGAAGAUAGUCAGCAUUUUACUUCCAAGAAAGCUUAUGAAAAAGCUAUUGCUGAUUUUUUCUGCAACGGUUCUUCCUGAAACCCCUUUCAAGUUUCAAAUGAUUGUAUAUGAUUUUAAUCCCUUUUCAAAAUUAUUCCCAAAGAAGUAAUCAAAAUUUGGGCACAACAGAUUAUUUGUUUGAGCUGGUGCUACAAGGCUCUUGUGGCAAAACCAAUUGGUAGUAUAAAUGUUGUGUUUGAUGUCAUCCCAAGAUCCCAGGGUUGGUCUCUACACAUUCCUUGACCAGUUUAAUCGGGUAUAUAUACAAAUAAUUUGUUGUGAUGCCUGUUUUUCUGAUAAUUUUUUUUUUUAUCUGUGAAAUCCAUACUUGAAUUCAUCAAGAUCUGUAAUUUUUCUACAUGGGGCCAUUCGUCUUUUAGUGUUUGUUGAAUUGGUUCUUGGAUCAUUCUGCCAUGGUUAGACUUAGAUAGACUCUUACAACAACUGAUACAAUGUAGCUUAAAUGUCGGAAAAAUAGUAUACAUGCAUGUUUCAAAUUAAAUUUGUUGAUAUUGAAAUG